AUGGUCUUUGGCCGUUCCUUGACCGAGUCGAGGUUGAUUAGCUCUGCCAACUAUGUGCGAACAGAGCUUCCGACGAGAAUUGCCCACCGCAUCCGCGACAUGCAACGGCUCCCCUACGUAGUAGUAACCAACCCACACAUGAACGAAGUCUACGAUCUCUACUACUCCGCUUUCGACACCUUCCGCAAGGUCCCCGAAAUCAAAACGCUCGAAGACAACGACGCCCUAUGCGCCACCAUCCGCUCCAACCUCAAAGCGCACCUGACCGUGAUCCCCAAGCUAGCCAUGGGCAUACUGGAGUCAGCCGGACUCAUGGACGCCAAAGAGCUAGACAAGUUCAUGAACACAAUUCUCCGUUCUCGCAUCUCGCGCCGCGUCAUCGCCGAGCAGCACUUGGCUCUAACCGACACCUUCCACGCGCCUUGGUUCUCCCCCGGCGCCAAGCUUUCGGAAUCCGAGUUCAUCGGCGAAGUCUUUUUGAAGUGCGUCGCCAAGGAUGUCGUCGAAAGAUGCGGCCAGGCCAUCCGCGACAUUGCGCAGCACGCAUACGGGCCCGACGUGGCGAUCCCCGAGAUCAAAAUCGACGGACACCUGGAGGCCAAUUUCCCUUAUAUCCUCAGCCAUCUCGAGUACAUCAUCGGCGAGCUACUCCGUAAUUCGGUGCAGGCCGUGGUGGAGAAACACCAGCGUUACAAGGAGAAGGUAGCGGCAGCGGGAGGGAAGAUCGACGAGAUUGGCCCGCCGCCUGCGAUCGAGGUGACAAUUUGCGAAAGCCAGCAACACGUCAUCAUUCGCAUCUCGGACCAAGGUGGCGGCAUUCAGCAGGACGUCCUGCCGUACUUGUGGUCCUUUAGCAAAGGGCCCGCGAGUCAGCAGCUGCUGACGAAUCUGGAACAGGUGCCCAAGAUGGCGGCGACGAUGCAGGAGCUCAAGGUCGAGGGUACUACUUCUAGCGAAGCUGGGACAACGGUGGGCAAAUUGCAACAACAGCGGCAGGAACAGCAACAGCAACAGCAACAAAAACAACAGAUCAAAGGCAUUCACAACGGGAACAACUUCCCCGGCGACCCGGGCUACUGCAAUUCGUUGGCAACGCUGACAAGCCGCCCGCCGAACCUACGCCUGGGCAUGGGGUUGCCUUUGAGCAGGGUGUACGCUGAGUACUGGGCUGGUAGCCUGGCGCUGCAUAGUCUGGAAGGGUAUGGGGUGGAUGCGUUCUUGCAGAUCUCGAAGCUGGGGAACAAGAAUGAGCAGCUGACGACGCGGGCGACAAUGGAUGCCGUUUAGAGGAUAUCCAAUGAAGUGCAAGUGAGAUGGGUGGAAUGGGAGGAGGAGGGAAUUAUACCCAGUAAUCAUUACUUGAAUGGUUCGGUUCAGAAGAGCAUAGGAAGGGCAUCACAGUGACCUGGUGUAACGGAUAGAUUAUUCACGCGUGUGCUAAGUCGGGCUUGGUGUACGGAGCAACCUCUUGUAUUUUUCACGCAAUAUCGUUAACUGGGCAUGAUAUGGAAAUAGCAACUUACUUUAGUAGCACAAGCUGUGCUCAGCUCAGUGACCGUUGUCAACUCUCAAUUUGAAGCACUACAGUCAUAAAGUCAAGGCUUGUACUCAAAAGUGGUAGCCUUUCUCAUUAUUUGGUAUCAUUGAAAGGGGGGGUUGCUAUCAGAAUUACAUCGUAGCUAAGACGGACAG